CACACACAUACCCAAACCCUCGUCGCGAGACUCGCGACUUGUUUCACUCCUCGCCAAGAAAGAAGCUUUUUAUUUGUCAGUGAAGUGGACUUUAUACGCGUACAUCCCUCCGUUUCGACACCUACGGCUCGUCUUUGUAAAGCGGUGACGGUUGAAUGUGUGUGAGAAGAGGCGGGCGCUCCUGUGGAAGUCUCCCACUGUUUUCUUCAGAUAAACAGCUUUCUUUGUUGAUCUCUAAUAGAUGGAGCUGAGUGAAACGGGGAUUUAUAAAAGAGGAGCAGCUUAUAACUGCGUUGAGCAUCAAUGUGCCAUGAACAGAAGAUCAGCUGCGCUUUUGGAGUUUAAACUGAACUUUAUCUGAAGGUCCUGCACUUGUACACCUACGGAGAGUGUCGCGAAUGCACUCGAUCGAAUCCGUUUUGUCCUUCUCGUUUAAGAGAUUUUAGGUUUUUACGUUUAUAAGUACGACUUUCACGCUUUGUGUUAUUUUAAGAGCGCAGAUCUAUUAUUAUGACAGGUUUUGGCUCACGGAGCCUCUCCUAUCCAGAUGGAUCUAGCGCAGAGCUGCGUUCCUCCGUGAAGCGGCUCUCAAGGUGUCUCUGAUGCACGAAGGAUCCUCUAAACGCUCACGAUGGCUCGAUCAAACACGGAAUAUGGUCACAUCUCCUGGCCCGAGCCCAUCUGAUCUCGUUCGUCUCUGAUCUGACAGGUUUAGCGCGGUGAUCAUGGUCUCCUCCGGCUGCGCUCUGAUGGUUCUGAUGGUCACUCAGGUGUUCUUUGGAGGCUCCAGUGGACUCGUGCCCCAGACCGGCCGCUCCUCUCUGUCUCGGGACGUCCUGCACGCGUUUGAACUUCGACUUCUGAGCAUGUUUGGACUCAAACACAGACCGAGGCCCAGCAGGUCUGCGGUGGUUCCGCAAUACAUGAUGGACUUGUUCUCGAUGCACUCGGUGAACGCGGAGCAGAACAACAGCAACAGACCCAAGGGAUCUUUAGGGAAAGGCUCGGAAAGAUCUGCGAGUCGCGCGAAUACAGUCAGGAGCUUCCACCAUGAUGAAUCCAUGGAGGACCUGUCCAGUUCGAGCGGAAAGACGACUCAGCGGUUCCUCUUCAACCUGAGCUCUAUCCCGGGCGAGGAGUUCGUGACGUCAGCGGAGCUGCGGAUUUUCCGAGAGCAGGUCGAACCCAUCACGAGACUCCUGGACACCAGGCUGGUUCAGCACAGCUUGAGCAAGUGGGAGAGUUUCGAUGUGAGCCCCGCGGUCACGAGGUGGACUGCGGAUGGGCAUCCCAACCACGGCUUCGUGGUGGAAAUAGUUCACCCGGAUCAUGCGGAAGAGGACUCUAAAAGACACGUCCGCAUCAGCAGAUCCCUGCACGACAGAGAGGACACCUGGCCCCAAAUCAGGCCCCUGUUGGUGACCUAUAGCCACGACGGGAAGGGAAACGUGCUGCACUCUCGCGAGAAGAGGCAAGUGCGGACAAACAAACAGCGGAAGAAGCACAAAGCCAACUGCAGGAGACAUUCCCUCUAUGUGGACUUCAGCGACGUGGGGUGGAACGACUGGAUAGUCGCCCCGCCGGGCUACCAUGCCUUUUACUGCCAGGGCGAGUGUCCGUUUCCACUGGCAGACCACCUGAACUCCACCAACCAUGCUAUUGUACAGACACUGGUGAACUCGGUGAACAGCAACAUCCCCCGGGCCUGCUGCGUUCCCACGGACCUGAGCCCGGUUUCGCUGCUCUAUCUGGACGAAUACGAGCGGGUGAUCUUAAAAAACUACCAGGACAUGGUCGUAGAGGGCUGCGGAUGCCGCUGACGCCUGGACGUCUACAGACACUUUAUUUUUCCCAAUACUAAACUUUAUUUAUAAUAAAGUAAAACACAUAUUUUGCAAAAGUAUAUAAAGAUAUAUUUAUGUUCACUAUUGGGAAAAUAAAUAUUUUAAUCAGAGCUAAACGAACUAUUUCUGAUGUACGUUUCGAUCUGCACAUGAAGUAUCCAUAUUUUAUAUUUAUUUCUACUGCAAUAUUUUUUAUUGAAUAGUUGGAGACACUUUACAAUCCCAUUUGCUUACAUUAGUUAAUGCAUUAACUAACAAUGCAAAUCAAACACCAUUAACAUUAGUUAUUUAUAUAUUUAUUGCUAGUUCAUGUUAGCUCAAAAAAUGUUUUAGUACAUAUUGAAAUUUACAUUGAUUGAUAAAUGAUUUAAAAAAAUAAUUAAAGUAUUUUGUAUUGUUAGUAACUAAUGUAUUGUUUUUAACAAAUGGAACCUUAUUGUAAAGUGUUGCCAUAUUUUUAAUUCAUAAUUAAACAAAAUAGCUUUGUCGUACAAAAAAAGUUUCCUCAUGCAAUGCAAAAUGCAAAGAGCUACUGGUUUGGAGGAAAUGCAUUAAAUGCAUUAAAAUAUAUUUCAAAGCACUUACCAUUUUAAUUGCAUUGGCCAAAUCUGACCGAAUUCCUUCAAACAAAAAAGCAUGCAGUGCAUGAGUUCUCAAUGCAGUUGGAGCCAGUGUUUAAGAGAUGCAGUAGUAAAUGUGAAUGCACUUAUUAUUUCAAACCAAUGUAACAGGUAGUUGACACUGAAUGCUCAGGAAAUUAGCCGGUGAGAGUUUAUUCCCACAGUAUGAGCUCUUGAAAUCAACCUCUUGCCUGGAGACAAUGACUAUUGUGUUUCUUCCCACAGGUCCUUAUGUGCUGGUUGCGUAAAUGUGGCUUCCUCCAGCUUUAUAUUGAAGCCUCGCUAAUUAAGAGCCAUUCACUACAUGGCGCUCUAAAGUCAAGAGCUAGGAAGUGUUUAAUUGGAGGGACGUUGUUUAAAACGUGAGGAUUGCCAUGUAAUUAAGUUAUGUAAUUAAAGAGUGCAGAAUGCAAAAUGUAUACGCUAACAGAAA